UCAAAACAAAGUUAGCCAACACCGCGUUUUUAGAUUUUACGGAAUAUUCCAAUACUCGGCGUAAGGUUUAACGUAGACUACAAUGUCCGAACCCAGCUCCACUGAAGGGGCCCGGUACAUACCAGCUGAAUACAACAGCGAUGGCACGGAAGAAGAGUACCUGAUGUCACCGAACGAUUCCAAUGUUUCGUUAGGUUCCGCCGGCAAUUGUUUCGAAGAUGAACGAAUAAGGAUUGUGCCGCAUCUCGGAUGGCAUGCCGGUCUCGGAGAGCGUGAUUUUGACACGACACUAGACGAAAGCAUAGGAAAUUGGUUCGAAGGCUUCCAAGAGAGUUUCAAAACUUUUAAGAAAGGCCCACUGAUUACGCAGCGGUUGCAGAUGUUCUAUCUCAACACGCAGAAUCCUUUCGAGUGGGCCCUAAAGCUGUUCGCCAAUUGUGCGGACAACAAUGCUCCGAAAUCGAACUCACUGGCCUACACUGUCAUUGAAGAGUUAGCCGUAUUCAAGAAGCAAUACACACCCGAUACAAACGCGCUGGUUGAUGACAACCUGCGAAUGGUGGCGUUUAACUUCGUGGCCAAACAAGGUCACUGCCAACUGUUUCGAAUGGUAGUGGACACAUUCGAAAUGCUGGCCUGUCGCCAGAUGUUCAUUCCACAAGUGAGACUAAUGAUCGUUCGAAAGCAGUACAAAGAAGCCGGCCAGAUUGCGAUCGAUCUGGAGCUGUUCGAAGAAUUUGACGAGCAUGACUUUGUUAUGCCAUUAUUUAUGCAGGACAAGAUUUCAAUCGCUGAAGAUUACCUGAACAAAGCCGAACGGUUGCAAAGGCCGGUGGUACAAUUGUUGGACUCAUUCUUUGAUAAGCAGCAAUCGGUGGAAAAUCACUGUUCACUUUAUAUUACCGAACACGAUGUAACGGACGUUUAUUAUAGUAAGUUACAUCAAAAACCUUUAAGUAAACUGGUACAACGACUUGCGAAAAACUACAAUGUCCCAAAGCAGUUCACACCGAAUGUGAAUAAGAUGAAAAACUUUGGAGCACUACAGUUUCUGUUGCAUAAACGAUACUACGAAAAGAGUUUAAACAAAGAUUCUUGGGAAGAGAUGGUGCGAGAUACCGUCCCAAAGGAUGACACCGAUCUACAGAUGGAACUGAUUUGUCUGUGUUCGAAUUUCAACGAUCAAGCAGAAGCUGCAAAGUGGGCGCAAUAUUAUCAAAUAAAACUAAACGAGCUUCCCUUGUUGGUGCAGGACUACAUAAAUGAAAGUGGCGACAGCAAUAGAUCGCAUCACAUUCAAAAAAUUGCAGAUAACGACGUUUGGGAUGCCCCGAACACGAGAGAACCAACCCAUACGUUGAGCUUGGACGAUUGUCACGUGCACCUAGUCGAUUCGCGCGAUAAAUUUUACGCAAUGAUUUCCGACCUUCGCCAGCAGUCGUUGAUUGCUUUCGACUCCGAGUGGAAGCCCACCUUUGGCGGGACUAACGAGGUUUCACUGAUUCAGCUUGCCACCUGGGACAAUGUCUACAUGAUCGACGUCAUGACCGGGCAGCUGGAGGCAGCCGAUUGGGUGGCUUUGGCAAAGAACGUGUUCAAUCGUGACGAUAUCCUAAAACUGGCGUUUGCUCCUUCCACCGAUAUUUCUAUGUUCCAGAAAGCGCUACCGGCGUUUAAUGUUAGCUACAAUUCCCAGACUAGUUCGUCUAUACUAGAUCUGCAGGAUUUGUGGCGAUAUGUAGAUACGGUGAAAAAAUUUCGAUUUCCUUUUGAGGAGGAGAUGACCAAUCAAAACUUAGCUAAUCUGGCUAAGCUAUGUAUUGGAAAGAAACUGGAUAAAUCGAAUCAGUUUUCUAACUGGGCUCAGCGUCCGUUGCGGAAGGAGCAGUUGCAGUACGCUGCAUUAGACGCGUACUGUUUGCUGGAAAUCUACGAUGUGAUUCGAAAGCAAUUAGUGAAAUUAAAGCUAGACCCAGGCGAUAUCCUUAAUGGCUUAUUGGGUGAGAACAAAUCAGGCGGUGGUGAUGGUGUUACCGGUAAAAAAAGAUCGUCUCGAUCCAGGGGAAGCAGAGCUUCGCGGCGUGUCGGAAGCACUGAUGAAAAGUACAACAAAAGAACGGGUCUAGAGGAGGAUACGGUAACCUCUCGUGCAGACGCAAGUGCCCAGCAGCAACAGCAACUGCAGCCACCCAGUCCCAAUGCAAAAUCUGUGUUCGUUUCCGAGGUACGAUUCGUGUGUGAUAAAAUGCUCGAAGGAUUGGCAAGGAUGCUGCGACGAUUCGGUAUUGACGCGAUAGUCAUACAGAGCGGUGAUAAUAGUGAUCGAUGCGUCUUCGUGGCCCAGAUGGAAAAGCGAUUUGUGCUGACUCGAGGUGCCAACUAUAAGAAGUUCGCGGAAUUUCUUCCACCGGGGCACUGUUACAAAAUUGGUAACGAUCGUGUCGAGGACCAACUACUGGAGGUGCUCCGCUACUAUCGGGUUGUUGUACUUCAGAAGAAUAUUUUCAGUCGUUGUCAGUUGUGUAAUUGCGGGCGGUUUCUGUCGGCCACUCCAGAGGAUGUCUAUGUUCUAAUCCAUGGAAGCCGGAUGCCUGAUUCUUACCGGGAGGAGAAUUAUAAGGAACCCCUGGAAAAAGAAGCGGAAAGAAUUAGACUCGAUCGUAGUUGGAUACUGGACAGUUUGUCAAAGGAAGCAUUGAUGAGCAGACAAACACCGAGUGGAGCCAAGAUCGAUACCAGCUACGUUGGCGGCACACAGCUGGCCAACGUGGAAAUGUUCUACAUCUGUGAUGGGUGCGGCCGAUGCUACUGGGAUGGGUCUCACUUAGACAAUAUUCUCGCCGGUAAAUUGGCUGACUUGCUUACGCUUAGGUAUGAUUAAUCGGAAGUGCUUGU